CGAGACCUUGCGUCGACCUUAGAUGGUUAGUAAACAACUCGACACGGCGCGAUGAAGUCUUUCGUUAAAUACCAGAAAUACUGCGAUUUUCCCAUCGAAAAUCUGCCUUACGGCGUGUUUUCUACCGAAAGUCACCACACGCCGAGAAUUGGGGUGGCCAUAGGCGACUUAAUUUUAAAUUUAAACGAAGUGGCCCAUUUAUUUAAUGGACCCGUUUUAAAAGGCAAUCAGGACGUAUUUAGGGAGAGCACUUUGAACAAGUUUAUGGCGCUUGGACAUCAAGCUUGGAAGGAGGCUAGAGAAACGAUCACCAUAUUACUGUCCGAGAACGAACCAAUUCUGCAAAACAAUGGAGAUUUACGGUCAAGAGCGUUCACUCCUCAAUCAGAAGCUACGAUGCACCUGCCAGCACGCAUUGGAGAUUAUACAGAUUUCUACUCUUCCAUCCAUCACGCCACCAACGUAGGAAUUAUGUUUAGGGACAAAAACAACGCGUUGCUGCCUAACUGGAAAUAUUUACCCGUAGGAUACCACGGAAGAGCGAGUUCGGUGGUCAUUUCCGGUACUCCCAUUCAUCGACCCAACGGCCAAACCUUGGUUGUGGAUGGCGCGCCACCUGUGUUCGGACCGUGCAAAUUAAUGGACUUCGAGUUGGAAAUGGCAUUUUUCGUGGGCGGUUCCAACAAUCUCGGCGAACCCAUCAACGUGCGCAACGCGCACGAACACAUUUUCGGCUUCGUUCUAAUGAACGACUGGAGCGCGCGUGACAUUCAGAAGUGGGAGUACGUGCCGCUGGGACCGUUCACGGCCAAAAAUUUGGGUACCACCAUAUCCCCGUGGGUAGUCACCACCUUUGCGUUGGAACCGUUCGUGACGGACAAUUACCCGCAAGAUCCGGAACCGUUUCCGUACUUGAAACACACGGACAAUUUCAAUUUCGACAUUAGUCUCCAAGUAGACAUCAAGCCCAAAGGAUCGAAGGUAUCGACCACUGUGUGCCGUUCCAAUUUUAAACAUUUAUAUUGGACGCCGAAGCAACAACUAGCCCACCAUACCAUCACAGGAUGCAACGUCAAUCCUGGCGAUUUAAUGGCAAGCGGAACAAUCAGUGGUGACGCAUCCGAUUCUUUCGGAUCAAUGUUGGAACUUUCGUGGAAAGGUACGCAACCGCUUAAGUUGUCAGAUGGAAGCCAGCGAAAAUUCCUACAGGACGGCGACACCGUCAUCAUAAAAGGGGUGUGUCAGGGCGACGAUUUCAACGUAGGUUUCGGCGAAUGUAGGGGAGAACUCCUGCCUGCCAGACAACUCACGUUUUAAUAAAAAUUGUUUGUUCCAAAGUCGAUUUACUUAUUUUGGUAUUCCCGCAUAACUACU